AACAGAAGAGGAAGUGGCGUGACAUGGUGAAACUUCUCAAUGGCUGUGGCUGCAGCUGCUCUGCACCACCACUUGCUCUACUUCUCGAAAUGGAAGACCAUCACUUCAACCACACUGCACAGACCCAUUCUUUUAAGUUCAAGAAGGAAAGCUCAGUCUUUACUCAUUUCCUGCUCGUCUUCCUCGUCGUCGUCUACAUCGCAGACUCCAGAAGCUGACACUGAAACCCCGGAAUAUCACGUCAAUCUCGGACUCCAACUCUUCUCCAAGGGACGGGUUAAGGAUGCUUUGGUCCAGUUUGAAACUGCUCUUUCUUUGGACCCCAACCCUAUGGAAGCCCAGGCUGCGCUUUAUAAUAAAGCUUGCUGCCAUGCAUACAGAGGGGAAGGAAAGAAAGCAGCUGAUUGUCUGCGCAAAGCUCUAAAGGAAUACAACCUAAAAUUUGGUACCAUUCUCAAUGAUCCAGACUUAUCCUCUUUCAGAGCUUUGCCUGAAUUCAAAGAACUACAGGAAGAGGCCAGGCUAGGCGGUGAAGAUAUUGGCUAUGGUUUUCGAAGAGACUUAAAACUUAUUAGUGAAGUUCAAGCACCAUUCCGUGGAAUUAGGAGAUUCUUCUAUGUAGUGUUUACUGCAGCUGCAGGAAUUUCUACGUUCUUUACUUUGCCUAGGCUAUUCCGUGCUAUUAAUGGGGGGGAUGAUGCUCCUGAUCUUUGGGAAACUGCUGGGAAUGCUGCCAUCAACAUUGGAGGUAUCAUUGUUCUUGUGGCAUUAUUUGUCUGGGAUAAUAAAAAAGAGGAGGAACAACUUGCACAGAUAUCACGAAAUGAGACACUGUCAAGGUUGCCUUUGCGCCUUUCAACUAAUCGCAUAGUAGAACUUGUGCAGCUACGGGACACAGUUAGACCAGUUAUAUUAGCAGGGAAGAAAGAAACGGUAUCUCUGGCUUUGCAAAGAGCAGAGAGAUUUCGCACUGAGCUCCUUAGACGCGGUGUUCUGUUGGUUCCUGUAACCUGGGGAGAAGGUAGGGAAGUGAAAAUUGGGAAGAAAGGUUUUGGUCUUCCAGGGAAGGCUGCUGUGUCUCUUCCAUCCAUUGGGGAAGAUUUUGAUGAGCGAACACAAUCCGUAGUUGCAAAGUCAAAGUUGAAAGCUGAAAUUAGGUUCAAGGCUGAGGUUAUAUCGCCAGCAGAAUGGGAAAGGUGGAUAAGGGAUCAGCAGAAGGCGGAAGGAGUUACUCCUGGUGAAGAUGUCCACAUUAUACUGCGGUUAGAUGGGCGUGUUCGAAGAUCAGGGAAAGGUAUGCCUGACUGGCAACAAAUUGUGAAAGAGCUGCCACCAAUGGAAGCAAUUCUAAGCAAGCUAGAAAGAUGAGGAUUAUGGAGUAAGUAGUAUUCAGUUUGAGAAUUUGGAGGGUUACAAGUUUUGUUGUGAUCUUGAUGGCAUCAUCCUUGAUCACCACGGGGAACCUUUCCUGGAUCCUUAAAACUACUUACUACCAUGAUUUAAACUCUCCAAAUUGUUUUUUGAAAUCUGUAAAGUAAAUAGUACAGUUCAGGCCGAAAAAAGUAUGAUACAGUUGAUAUUAUGAAUAUAGGAAGAGGCUUGACAUUGCUGUCCGAAUCUUGCUUUGUCUGUAUAAUUCGAGAAGGUUGUAUUGUUUAA